UAUUCUCCUACGGAAGGAGUUUUUAGCUCCCACUCUUGUAUAUCAAGCAGGAGCUUUAUUAUAUAAUCACACUCCCCAAGCAUAAGCGCGUUAAGCGCCACAUCCUUGCAAGCGCUGUAGCCAAUCAUUCAUCACUAGUUAUCCGCCGCUCAUGUUUGACACACGAUAAGGCGAGCCUUGAAGAACACUCGCUGUUCUCCUAUUCCAGCGCCGCUAUGGGGGUCAUUCGCUGGUUGCGGAGGUUGUACUCUCUGGAUACCCUCGACACUCGUUUUACAGUCUCCUCCACGACCCCUAUCAAGGCCGUCACCACGUCUUCACAUGAUGCUGCCCCUGGAUCGAGUUCAAGUGACGCGGACGGGAAGAGGUUGGAGUCCGUGAAAGCCGGAGCGCCUCCUUCGAGAUGGAAUACAGUUGAAUUUUACUUUUACUACCUCGCCUUCCUUACGAUAGUACCGCUGAUGUUCAAGGCGGUAAUUGAUAUUUCACAACCAACUCAUCCUACGUACUCAAGCUAUUCUAAGUUGUUGGAUCCAGGCUGGAUACCGGGCCGUAAAGUUGACAACUCAGAUUCCCAAUACUCCACGUUUCGCGAUAACAUUCCUUAUAUGACCUUACUUUUGGUCUUUCAUCCUUGUCUCCGUCGAGUUUACGAACAUCUCUCCCCCGCAAAGAUAUCAACUGCCCCCCCGACCGGCGGAAAAGCAAAGGAUGACGAUAAGCCUGAGGGCUCUGCUGCGGAUACAGAGGCUCGACUAAAGCAGCGAGUGACAUUUGACUACGUCUUUGGGAUAAUACUUAUCCUAGCACUGCACGGCGUAUCCGCAUUCAAGAUCUUGGCUAUUCUUUGGAUCAACUAUUUGAUUGCGACCAGGCUCCAACGAGCCCAGAUACCUGUUGCAACAUGGAUCUUCAACAUUGGUAUCCUCUUUUCAAACGAACUGCUUCACGGAUAUCCACUUGUGGACCUUGCGAAAAUACUCUCCCCCAAUACCGAUUCUUCUUUUGUAACCUGGGCCAAGUGGGUGGAUUGUAUUGGAGGAAUUGUUCCAAGAUGGGAGGUGCUAUUUAAAAUUACAGUCCUCCGACUAAUAAGUUUUAACAUGGACUAUUACUGGAGUCUGGAUUAUCGAUCCGGAAGCCCUGCAGAGGUACGUACCUUUUGGAAUUCCAAAUCUUCAGCAAGACCAAGACGACUGACUCCCGAGAAGAAACAAGUUGAUCCUUCUGCGUUAUCAGAGCGUGACCGCGUAUCGAUGCCCGCUCCGCCUGCCACGUAUAAUCUACAAAAUUACGUAGCUUAUAUUCUUUACUCGCCUCUCUACCUUGCCGGACCAAUCCUUACCUUCAACGAUUAUAUCAACCAGCAACACUACUCUCCCGCUUCCCUCACCCGAUCUCGCACCGUUCUUUAUGGGGUACGCUUCCUGCUUACCCUGCUGUCAAUGGAGCUGGUUCUCCAUUACAUAUAUGUCGUCGCAAUCUCCAAAUCCUCUCCUGACUGGUCGGUGUAUACGCCCUUCCAGCUCAGCAUGCUGGGGUACUUCAACUUACACAUUAUCUGGCUGAAGCUACUUAUCCCCUGGCGGUUCUUCCGCUUGUGGGCAUUAGUCGACGGCAUCGACCCUCCAGAAAACAUGGUCCGGUGCAUGUCCAACAACUACUCUGCCCUCGCGUUCUGGCGCGGCUGGCACCGGUCGUUUAAUAGGUGGGUUGUACGGUACAUGUACAUUCCUCUCGGUGGAGGUGGGCGACCUAGAUCUGGCACAAGCAGUCCUAGUGAUAGUAAACCGUCUUUACUCUCUAAAGCCCGCGGUGUGAUGAACUUCCUUGCUGUUUUUACUUUUGUUGCUAUCUGGCAUGACAUCAACCUCCGACUGCUCAUGUGGGGCUGGCUUAUCACGCUAUUCGUCCUUCCAGAAGUUAUCUGUACCAUGCUCUUCCCUGCGAAGAAAUGGCAAUCACAUCCAAAUGCAUACCGUGUGCUCUGUGGUAUUGGAGCAGUGGGGAAUAUCCUCCCAAUGAUGGCAGCGAAUCUCGUCGGGUUUGCCGUUGGUUUGGACGGACUGAAGGGCCUAAUACACGGCAUUGUCGGCUCUUAUUCCGGCCUCGCGUUCCUUGCUGCAGCGUGUGCAACGCUAUUCGUUGGAGUCCAGGUCAUGUUUGAAGUCAGGGGCUCGGAGCUUCGGGCUGGCAUUAGACUGAAGUGUUAAUCAUAAUGUCAACCUAGUUAAUAAAGAUUAAAAUAAAA